AUGACCGCCAGUCACCCAAACGGCAACGAUGAUUCCGUCACCGCGGACGAAGGACUGCCCACCGCAGACAUUGGGAAUGGGGUGGAGAAAGUAACCUCUUCCGGCAACAAGACGACAUGGCACAUGGCACCCGAGCUGCGAGCAAUGCGAGACCGAGAUGAAGAAGGCGGAGGCAAGCCCAGGAAGCUCGGUGUGAGCUGGCAAGACCUUACUGUCAAAGGAGUCGGUAGCAACGCGACGUUUAACGAGAACGUCGUCUCCCAAUUCAAUGUCUUCCACAAGGGGAGCAAGGGUGGCCCAAUGAAGACCAUCAUCGACAAUUCUCAUGGAUGUGUCAGACCUGGAGAGAUGUUGCUCGUUCUUGGACGCCCUGGAUCAGGCUGCACAACGUUGCUGAGUGUACUAGCCAACAAACGACUCGGCUACGAAGAAGUUACAGGAGACGUCAGUUUCGGCAACAUGUCCGCCCUAGAAACCGAAGAAUAUCGUGGCCAGAUCAUCAUGAAUACUGAGGAAGAAAUCUUCUUCCCAACACUGACUGUCGAGGCAACCAUCGACUUCGCCGCGCGCAUGAAGGUCCCCUUCCACAGGCCGCCUGGGAUCAAAACACAAGAGGAGUACGCCCAAUACUACAAGGAUUUCCUCUUGCGAUCAGUUGGCAUCUCCCACACUGCCCAUACAAAGGUCGGGGACGCCCUUACCAGGGGCGUCUCCGGAGGAGAGAGGAAGCGGGUGUCAAUUCUUGAAUGCCUGACCACUCGUGCAAGUGUCUUCUGCUGGGAUAACUCGACGAGAGGUCUCGACGCCAGCACAGCUCUUGAGUGGAUCAAAGCCAUCAGGGUCAUGACCGAUGUUCUCGGUCUCACUACUAUUGUGACACUAUACCAGGCGGGCAACGCUAUCUACGAGCAUUUUGACAAGGUGCUCGUCCUCGACGAGGGUAAGCAGAUCUUCUAUGGCCCUCAGAAAGAUGCCGUACCUUUCAUGGAAGACCUUGGUUUCGUUCGGGACUCUGGCUCCAACCGAGGAGAUUUCCUGACAGGCGUAACAAUUCCUACCGAGCGCGUUAUUGCCCCAGGAUAUGAGAAGACGUUCCCCCGCACAGCCGAUGCAGUCCUUGCUGCAUACAACCAGUCAGCUAUCAAGCAGAAGAUGCUAGACGAGUGUCGAAGCUAUCCAGAAAGUAUGGCAGCUGCGGAGAACACGGCCAUGUUCAAAAAGAUGGUCGCUCGUGAGAAGCACUGGGGCGUGCCCAAAGGCUCGCCUGUCACUGCCAACCUUGUCACUCAAGUCAAGACUGCCGUCACCAGGCAGUAUCAGAUCAUAUGGGGUGACAAGUCGACGCUGUUCAUGAAGCAAGGUGCAACAGUCAUACAGGCUCUCCUCGGCGGCUCUCUCUUUUAUUCUGCUCCCGCCAACUCUGCCGGUCUCUUUCUCAAGGGCGGCGCCCUGUUCUUCUCCAUUCUAUACAACGCUCUUAUCGCUCUGUCAGAAGUCACAGACUCAUUCACUGGCAGACCCAUUCUAGCCAAGCACCGCUCCUUUGCCUUGUAUAACCCAGCAGCUAUAUGCAUCGCCCAAGUUAUCGCAGAUUUCCCCAUUCUGUUAUUCCAAGUAACACACUUUGGCCUCGUUCUGUACUUCAUGGUGGGUCUGAAAACUACCGCUGCCGCCUUCUUCACGUACUUGGCGACCAACUUCAUUACCGCCAUGACCAUGACCGCAUUCUUCCGACUCAUCGGCGCCGCAUUCCCCACCUUUGACGCCGCGACAAAGGUCUCAGGUCUUUCAAUUGUCGCUUUGUUUGUCUACAUGGGCUACAUGAUUAUCAAACCCAUGAUGCAUCCAUGGUUUGUUUGGAUCUACUGGAUCAACCCUAUGGCCUACGGAUUUGAAGCUCUUCUCGGGAACGAAUUCCAUGGCCAGGAAAUUCCCUGUGUUGGUCCGUACAUCAUUCCGAACGGACCUGGAUAUACCGGUGGAACUGGUGGGCAGUCAUGUGCUGGUGUUGGUGGCGCGUUAACCGGUGCCACGAGCCUCACAGGCGACGAGUAUCUCGCACACAUGUCCUUCAGCCACAACCAUGUUUGGCGCAACUUCGGCAUCAACUGCGCAUGGUGGGUGCUAUUUGUUGCGCUCACAAUCUUUUUCACCUCCCGGUGGAAGCAAGCGGGAGAAGGCAGCCGCAAGCUUCUUAUUCCUCGGGAACAACAUCAAAAGUCGAAGCACCUGUUGCUAGCCAAAGACGAAGAGAUGCGAUCUGCUGGGAAGCCCCCAGCCGUUUCUGGAUCUGACGCAUCAAACAGAAGCCUCAACAAAGAUCUCAUGCGCAAUCGAAGCAUCUUCACCUGGAAAGACUUGACGUACAUCGUCAAGACCGCCGACGGUGACCGCGUCCUUCUCGAUAACGUACAGGGUUAUGUCAAACCUGGCAUGCUCGGGGCUCUUAUGGGGUCCUCUGGUGCCGGCAAGACAACCCUUCUUGACGUCCUUGCACAACGAAAAACCGAAGGAACCAUUCACGGAUCCGUCCUAGUCGAUGGCCGUCCUGUUCCUAUCUCAUUUCAACGCUCUACCGGUUAUGUCGAACAGCUGGAUGUCCAUGAGCCUCUUGCAACCGUCCGUGAGGCUCUCGAGUUCUCGGCCCUCUUGCGCCAGUCACGCGAUACACCUACUCAAGAAAAGCUGCUAUAUGUUGACACCAUUGUGGACCUAUUGGAGCUGCAUGACCUCGAGCAUACGCUCGUAGGCCGCCCAGGUACUGGUCUCUCAAUUGAGCAACGCAAGCGUCUCACUAUUGCCGUCGAACUGGUAGCAAAGCCGAGCAUCCUGAUAUUCCUCGAUGAACCGACAUCCGGACUUGAUGGUCAGGCCGCCUACAACACUGUGCGCUUUCUUCGAAAACUUGCAGAAGCCGGACAAGCCAUCUUGGUGACCAUCCACCAACCGUCAGCUCAACUAUUCGCGCAAUUCGAUACGCUCUUACUGCUCGCCAACGGGGGAAAGACUGUUUACUUUGGUGAUAUCGGUCAGAAUGCAAAUACAGUCAAGGAAUAUUUUGGUCGUCACGGAGCUCCCUGCCCGCCUGAAGCAAAUCCUGCUGAGCACAUGAUCGAUGUAGUAUCCGGGAACGGAGGUUCGUCUCAGGAUCAAGACUGGAAUCAAAUCUGGUUGCGAUCGCCGGAACACAACCGGCUCUCCAAGGAAUUGGACCAUAUUGUUGCAGAAGCUGCCGCUCUACCUUCAGCAGUCAACGAUGAUGCAAACGAGUUUGCAGCUUCCAUGUGGACGCAGAUCAAACUGGUAACGCAUCGCAUGAACGUCUCGCUCUUUCGAAACACUGAAUACCUCGAUAACAAAUUUGCCAUGCACAUCAGUCUGGCGCUGCUGAACGGCUUUACCUAUUGGAUGAUUGGAGACAGCCUUACAGACCUUCAGCAGAACCUGUUUACAGUCUUCAACUUUAUUUUUGUUGCGCCGGGUGUGAUUUCCCAGCUCCAGCCGCUCUUCAUUGACCGUCGUGACAUCUAUGAGGCGCGCGAGAAGAAGAGCAAGAUGUAUCACUGGGCACCCUUUGUCGCCGGCCUCAUUAUAUCAGAGUUCCCUUACUUACUUGCGUGUGCGCUGCUAUAUUACAUCUGUUGGUACUUUACUUGCGGCCUUCCUACCGCCGCAGCGCACGCAGGCAGCGUUUUCUUCGUCGUGGUGAUGUACGAGUGCCUAUACACUGGAAUUGGACAGAUGAUCGCCGCGUAUACCCCCAACGCCGUCUUUGCGUCUCUCGUCAACCCUCUGGUCAUCACAACUCUCGUUUCAUUCUGCGGCGUCAUGAUACCGUAUAGCCAAAUUGUACCGUUCUGGAGAUACUGGAUAUACUACAUCGACCCUUUCAACUACCUCAUGAGUUCUCUGCUUGUUUUCACUACCUGGGACAAGCUUGUUCACUGCAGGCCCGAAGAACUUGCUAUAUUCGACCCAGCUCCUGAUCAAACCUGCGGCGAAUAUCUUGCCAACUACCAGGACGGUAUAGGGGCAACUACAAAUCUCCUUAACCCAAAUGCCACUGCUGCUUGCCGUGUUUGUCAAUACACCGAGGGUGCGGAUUACCUCAAGACGCUGAACCUCAAAGCAGAAUAUUAUGGAUGGAGAAACGCGGGCAUUGUUGUUGUCUUUGUAAUCGGUAUAUAUGGGCUUGUGUUCCUCAUGAUGAAACUUAGGACGAAGGCUACAAAGAAGGCCGGGUCCUAG